AUUUUUUUUCUGGUGUUCCCCAGUUCUACUUCUGACAGUUCCGUGAUGGCUACCGUCCUACACCUAUCCUCGUGAACAUCUCGUUUAUCCUCGCUUCCAUUGUCAUUUUAAUUGUUCGAUUUUUUUUCUUCUUAAAUACUGGUUGAACGCAACUAGUUUUAACUGAUACCAAAAAUGGAAGCGAGUACUGGUAAUGUAGAAAUUUUAUCGUUGGAAAUCGAACGCUUGACGAGGGAACUGGACCAGACGAAUAGUGAAAAAAUUCAAUCCGCCCAAUAUGGAAUUGUUUUGCUGGAAGAAAAAGAGAAUCUUCAACAUAGAUGCGAGGAACUUGAAAGUCUCUUUGAAAACACACAACAUGAGUUGGCACUAACUCGUGAGGCUCUUGCCCGCUUCCAGAAUAGUCAUAAAGUAACAACUAAGAGUGGCAUUGAAACUGAAGAAUCUCUCCUAUAUGAAUCAGCUGCAAGAGAAACAUCCCUUAAUUCUCAAAUCCUUGACCUUGAGGCUGACACCAAGCACUUAAGGCUUGAACUGGAGAGGGUGACAGCUGAAAGAGAUCAACUUACACAACAGCUUAAUGAUACUGGAAAAGAGAGGGAAGUCUAUAUCUUUGAAAGAAAAACUUUAAAAGCUGAACUCAAAGAACUCAAGUAUAGAGAGACUCGCCUUCUUAGUGAUUAUUCUGAACUAGAGGAAGAGAAUAUAAGUCUUCAGAAGCAAGUUUCAGUGCUGAGAUCUUCCCAGGUUGAGCUAGAAGGAGACAAACAUGAACUACGCCGGCUUCAAGAAGAACUCGAGCUGCUCAAUCAACAAAAUGCUGAGUUAGCGCAUUUGCGAAAACUUGCCGAAAAGCAGAUGGAGGAAGCUUUAGAUGCCCUUCAAGCUGAAAGAGAAGCCAAAUAUGCAAUCAAGAAAGAUCUGGAUGCAAGAAUUAAUAGUGAAUCUAUGUUCAACUUAAGUAACUUGGCUUACAGCAUCAAAGGACUCUCCGAAGAACAUGGAACAAGCGAAGGUGAAGACGACGGUCCACUUCUACAAAAACUAGAAGCUAGUUUCCUAAAGAACAGUGGUGUCACCAACGAAGGAACGGAGGGAGGUGACGGGAACAACAAAGGCGGUGGAGAUUUGUUCAGUGAAAUUCACUUGAACGAAGUGAAGAAGCUAGAACGGCAAUUGGAACAGGUCGAAGCAGAAAAGGGAAUGUUGUUUCAGCGGUUACGUGAUGCUCAAGAAUCGUCUGAUGUCGCUCGGCACGAAGCAGCUUCUAGGCACGUUCAGUUGGCCAAACUUGAUGCAUAUCUAGCCAGCCUGCUUCACCUUCAUGAAGCUGUGGAGACGCCUACGAAUGCAUCUGAGAUAGAUCGAACAUCAGCAGAACCAUCAGUUAACCUCGGCAAGACGACACAACUUCAACAACUGGUUGACAAGUUUAAACAUCGUACUGCUUUAGCUGUGCGUGAACUUCAGCAAGCUCAGCAGGAACUAUGGGCUCUUAGAGGAGCUUCCACUGGAUACUUGCCUACUGAUUUGGAACAGGAUUUCGCUGCCUUGAAGAAGAAGUUGUUAGAUACAGAGCAAAAAGUGGCAAUUCUUCACUCAGAGAUUGCGGCUUCGUCAGAAUCAGCCGGUGACAGUCGAGCUACAUUGGCGACACUUCAAUCAGAAUUGUCUCCACUCGUAGAUGACAUUACUGCGCUUACGCUGCAUCUUUGUGCGGCGGUAGGCAUCCAGACUGGAUCAGGGACAAAUGCGGGCACCGCACGUAGCUCAACAGAUGUUGGCAGUGGACCUAGUAGCUUAACUUCGGACAUUACCGGGCCACCUUCUAUCGGUUCAGAGUACAACAAGGAAAAUAUUUCGCCAGAAACCAGUGUCACAGUCACUUCGGUUCACAGUCCCACUCGACUUUUGCACAUGCUCCAAGAACAAGUUCGCAUGCUACGUCGAGCCGCCGAAAUGCUGGUCAAGCAGAGCCACGCCAAAGAAACGCCAAGCGAGUUGGUAUCAGACAAAGAUCGCGACACCUUCGAAUCAGAUGUCGCCGAACUCCAAGAGCAAAUUGUUAAGCUCAAAGCCUUGUUAUCGACCAAGAGAGAACAGAUCGCUACAUUGCGCACCGUUGUCAAGGCCAACAAACAAACCGCUGAAGUUGCAUUGGCGAAUCUCAAGUCCAAGUAUGAAACUGAAAAGUCCAUAGUUUCUGAAACGAUGAACAAACUUCGGUUGGAACUCAGAACUCUAAAGGAAGAGGCAGCUACAUUUUCUAGUCAGCGAGCCCUCUUUGCUGCGCGCUGCGAAGAAUACGUUUCGGAGAAUGAUGAGCUUGGUCGGCAGCUAAGUGCGGCUGAAGACGAAAAACGGACAUUGAAUUCAUUGCUCCGCAUGGCUAUCCAGCAGAAGCUUUCACUGACUGAGCGCCUAGAAGACUUGGAGAUGGACCGUGAACGCUCAAAUUUGCGCCGUCAGCCGCAAAGCACACGAUCCACGAUUCCAGCUGGUGGAGCUCGAAAUCCAGCACAAAGCCAGGCUCAAGGAGCAGGAUCUGGUCAUCGAUAUCCCCCUAACCGUCUUCCGGCAUUCCGAGAUUCUAAUAGCAAUCGAGAUUAUUAAAAAUCGAAUUUUAUCAUUGAUUAACCGAUCCAGCAAAACAAAUGUUGCUGACAGGGUUUUGGUAAGUAACUUUCAUGUCUUAGGACAGCUGAUUACGGAGGGCAGGGUCCGUCAUGUCAGCAUUUGGAUCUGAUCAUAAGCAAUAUCGGUGCGGUUUGUCUUUGUAUUGUCAUUGUUUUUCGUCUUGCGGAACAUUCGUUUACCCGAAGAACGCGAUAGGGCUGAAUGUACGCGGAAGAUUGCUCAGUGCAUGUUCAUAUUUUGUUGCUGCAGCGUCAGUUUUACAACUUGGCAGGUUAUAUUCAUUCUAAACGAGAUCUUUUGGGGAUGGAGGGGGGUAAGUAACUUCUUGAAUUCUGGAUGAAACCGGUAGCUGCGCUAAUUUCUAAAACUCAUCUUUUACUAAGGGAGAUGUGGGAAACGUCCUAUUACUGCCGUUCUUAAAUGAAUUGAUUGUGUAAUUGUGUUUUUGUCCUAGUUUUAACCAUCCUUCUUUUGAAACAAAUUAUUAGUUACGUUUUAAAGUCUUCGCAACACGCUUGCGUUCACCGAGUAAACGUAAUAUGUCCCUCAUAGAAACAUCUCGAUGCUGACUACUAAAUAUCUAACAUUUGAUCCAUUAAAAGAUGGGAAGGAAUCCUUUGUCCUUUGGUAACAUUUUAAGAUAUAAAUUAUUUACAAGUUUUUACAUAGGGCUCAUUGAGAGAAUUUUGCAUAUGCCGCCGUGUGCAAAGUUGUAAAAUGAUUCAAUAAAAACGUUCCAGA